CCCGAGUUACGGUUUACAGAGACCAUAAAAACAGCAAGCAGCAGCACGAAUUAUCAGUGUCCCUCGCUUCAAUCCGAGGAACAGCCACAGACCAGGGAACUGUAGACAUGGCUCGCAUCUUGGAAAUUAUGGUAUUUUCCAUCCUGGCCAUAGCAUCAACUAGUUGGGCUCACUAUCACAGCGGGUACAACCACUACAGAUCAGGGCUACCAGUUCGACCAUACCAGUACGUACCUCGCCGCGUCGUCUUUCCCGCUCGCUACAUCCGCCAGCACUACCCCCACGGUCCUCGGCCGUUUCCAGGCUUCCAAGGUCCUCAGCCGGGAACUCCAGCUCCUACGCAAGCUGUGAACGCUUCAACUGAUGACAGCUUGAACUCCACAGACUCUACUACCUCUACCGCCCCUACUAUGCAGAGCACAGAGUUGUCUACCUCGACUCCUGGUCUGGACGCUCGAGCAGGCCCAGUGAACAUUGAAAACAUGUCGUCUGAGCAGCUUGUCGCCUACAUAUCUGCAAGAGUGGAGCAUGCACUAAGGUCUGCUUUGGCGCCCAUGGCCGCACUCCUGGACGAGAAGAAAAAGCUGAAGAAUCCCCGGUCUUCUGAUGGUUAUUCUGGCACUACAACUUUUCCGGUGGGACUGACUGCUCAGGAUGACAUGGAAGAUGCCAACCGCACGGCGCGGUUCUUUGUGAAGGGGAUUUCUGACAACACUAAAUCCAACCUUGCAACUCUCCUGCAUCGGAAAUUAUUCCCGUUCAGCGCUGUCCAUCGACAAGGCGAGGGAGUUCCUCUGCAAGCCACCCCAGCUAACGUGAGUACGGCAGACUCUUCGAGCGCUGUGGCGGAUGGGUCUGCAAGAAUUUCGACGCCGGCUUCUGGACCAGACUCUCCUGCAGCAACGUCAUGAUAUUUUGUUUCAUAAAGUGUCUUUUGGUGGGGCCUGUUUUACAUGAUGUAGCGCUUUUAUGUUCACGAUGGAUGCAAUAAAUUUUUACUCUGCCUGA